UUCGAUAAACAAUUUGAAAAAAUGGAUUUUAAAACGUUAUACUUAAAAACGUACUAAAACGUCGUUUAUGGUAUUAUAACCUAUAUAACAUUUGAGUUCAAUACUAAACGUAUGAGAAAAGUUUACAAAACAAAUUUAAUUAAAACAUUUGAUAUAUUUCAUUUUGCUGAUAAAAAUAAUAAAAAUAUGAAUUCGAUGCCUCCCACUAAACCGCCAAGGGGCAUUAAACCAACUAAAGAAACAAGUGGUUUAUUGAUUUCUGUGAUUCGGGCUUUAUCAGCCAGUGAAACUAAUGAACAACGAGAAAUAGAAAAGGCUAAACUUGAGAAAGAAUAUAAAAAGAGUGAUCAAAGGCUUGAUGAAUUAGUAUCAUUGCAUGAUCAGGAUCUUACACAAGUUAUGCAAAUAUUCAGUGCUUUAUCAGAGAAAGUAACUGCAUCCCGGGAAAAAAUUCAUGCAGUUAAGGAAAAUUUAAAUGCAUGUAAGCAAUUAUUGAGGUGUAAACGAGAAGAACUGUUAAACUUAUGGCUUGAAGGUAUUGAACAUAAACAUGUGCUGCAUCUCUUAAAGGAUGUGACUCCAGAUUCUUGUACCAGAAUGGUAACUUUAACAGAUACAGAUACAUUAUCAGUAUCUACAUCAUACAAUACAGCCUCAGAUUGA